CUAAUUGGUUGAGUCGUUUCUGGUAUAUGUGCUCGCGAAAACCCUACACACACUGAUCUCCAUUUCCAUUUGCUUCAAGUUCUCGAGGAUUUCUGAAGGCAGCUAGCUACGUUCUGGCCGGAGUCCGAAGAGACCAUUGACACAGGCCAAAUAAUCUGUAAAUAUGUCUUCUGCAUUCAUACCUUCAAAGAGACCCCAUGAUCGGAGCUCAUUGGAGCUUAGUGGAAAGGGGAAAUGGAAAAAGUCCAGAAAUUUUAGUCUACAGUCUCAACCACUGAAAAUUUCCCUUCUUAGCACUGUAUUUCGUAUUCUCUGUCCUGCUUCGAAGACUGGAGGUGUGAUUGGGAAAGGUGGCACCAUUAUAUCGCAGAUACGACAAGAAACUGGUGCAAAGGUCAGAGUUGAGGAAACAGUUCCUGGAUGUGAUGAACGAGUAAUUCUUAUUGCAGGCUCUGAUAAAGAAUCAGAAGCCAGCAAUGAGCAAAUCAAGGAGGAUGAAGAUAAUAAAAACACUGUAGAGAGUGAUGAAGCCGAGGAACAUGAGGAAAACAAUGGAAAUAAGGAAUUUUCUCCACCUGAAGAUUCACAGUCUGACAAAGGAACUUCAUCUGUGCAGAAGGCUUUGUUACUUGUUUUUGAAAGAAUAGUCGAAGGAGAACCUGAAAGUGAUGGAGGAGAUGAAGAAAGUAAGGAUUCUUCUUGCUUUGUUGUCAGGCUACUUGUGCUUUCGAGCCAAGUUGGCUGCCUUCUAGGGAAAGGUGGAAGUGUAAUCAAGCAAAUGGCAGCAGAGAGUGGCGCGCAGAUCCGGAUUCUUCCUAGAGACAAACUUCCUUUAUGUGCAUCACCAGCUGAUGAACUAGUUCAGCUGACAGGGGGAUUGGAUGCAGUUAGGAAGGCUCUUCAAUGUGUUUCUCAACAGCUUUUGGAGAAUCCACCUCGUGACCGUGAUUCUUUUCCUGCAAGAAAGCCUACUGGGCCGACAUCUAAUCCAUUUGGUUCUCCUCUUCCUAAAUCAGAAGCAUAUCCCCCACCAUCCUUUUGUUUCCCUGCUCAAGGACCUUAUGCUGCCGGGCCAUUUCCACCAUCAAUUCCAAAAUUCCAUGACAAUUUUAUCCCAGGGCGAAUGAAACCUUCUCAGGAAAUCUUAACCUUUAAGCUAUUGUGUCUCAAUGAGAAGGUUGGCGGUGUAAUAGGAAAGGGGGGAACUAUCAUUAAGACAAUUCAACUUGAAACAGGCUGUGAUGUUAAAAUUCUUGAAGGAGUUCCUGAUUCAGAGGAUCGAAUCAUUGUGAUAUCUGGUCCGGCGAUUCCAGAUGAAAGGAUAUCUGCUGCACAAGAUGCAGUUCUACGUGUCCAAGCUAGGUUAGUUAGGGCUGUGCCAGAUAGGGCGGAGAAAAUCGUCUUAGCCCAGCUUCUUGUCUCCUCCGGUCAGAUUGGUUGCCUUCUUGGCAAGGGUGGUUCCAUCAUAGCUGAAAUGAGGAAGUUAUCUGGGGCUCAGAUUCGUAUAUUAGGGAAGGAUCAGAUUCCGAAGUGUGCUUCACAAAAUGAAGAAGUUGUUCAGAUAACGGGGGAAUUCGAGGCAGUUCAAGAAGCUCUUUUGCAGAUAACUAGUAGGCUGAAGCAUCAUUUCUUUCGUGAUACAUUUUCUUCUAUCCACCAUCUUUCACAUCCUGCCUUUCCGGAUCAAGUACCUUCAUUUCCUUCAUAUGUGGGAAGGAGGGAACUCUCACCUCAAGUUCCUAAUUUGGGCCCAUCAUUUCACAAAUUUGAACAUGUUGGUGGCUUGCCUCCUCAUGGUCGAAUUCAUCCCCAUGAUGAGCGAUCUGCUUUUGUUCACAAUAUUCAUAGGCCAGGCAUCCCCCCUCAUAGUUCUGAACGGUUACCUUCUUCAGCAUCAUGGGGAGCUCAGGCACGAACUGAUGGUGGUGGUCCGAUGGGCAUUUCUGAGUACCCAGGAGGCCCCCAAAGAAGAACUGGGGUUAAUGGAGGUGGAAGCCAGCCAGCUAUUAUUACAAGUACCACUGUGGAAGUUGUUAUACCACGAUAUCUUGUUCCUUCAAUUUAUGGAGAGGAUGGAAGCUGUUUAAAACAAAUACGACAGAUAUCUGGAGCAAAGAUUACCAUCACUGAACCCAGACCUGGAGACACGGAGACUGUAAUUAUAAUAUCUGGAGCGCCUGACCAGACUCAUGCUGCUCAAAGUCUUCUUCAAGCAUUUGUAAUGAGUGGAGCAGAUUCUUCUUGAGGUUCCUCGGCAUUUGGUUGCCCUGUUUCAUGAUACUGCUACACUUGGCUUGGUGCUCCUGGUAACAAAUAUAAGUUAUAUUAACUUUUAGCUUUCUGCAGUGUCUUUGCUCAUCAUGAAAUCUUUCUACUGUCAAUGCUUUCAAAUAUAAUAAUCAUACAUGGAUAAGAAAAGUUGUGCAUCCCCAAACCAUUUGAGAGUACUGCUUUUCUGAAGGUCAUAGUACUUGCAUCAAUUUUUAGAAAUGAACCCUUCCUGAGUACAUGACCUCAACACUCAAUGUUGCACAAAACCCUAGAGCAGAUUAUGAUUUUGCUAGAUUUCU